AUGUCGAAGCCGAACUUUGUCAUUGUCCAAGCAGAUGGCUUGUACCCCGACGAUGUCGUUGAGCAGAAGCUGUUCCGAGAAGACCCAACACACGACUAUGAAGUCGAAUACAUCCAAUCAGAUCUAUGGCCCACAGGAGUGAACGACAUGCGACCAUGGACAGACAUGGACAAGGCACUCAGAGACCGAGUCAAUGGCAUCAUGGUCCUCAAGAUGUCAUUUACGAGAGAUGAUCUUGCUCUCUUCCCUAACCUGAAGGUCUUCGUGCGUAUGGGAGUAGGCUAUGACCGCCUCGACCGCGUAGCCCUGGCUGAACGUGGGGUCAUUGUUUGCAACGUGCCCGAUUACGGCACAGCCGAAAUCGCCGACCACGCCCUCGCCCUGACCCUCUCCCUCCGCCGAGGCAUCCUCCUCCACAACGACGCCCAACGCGAACCCAACGUCGCCCCCUUCAUGUACAUCGACUCUCCCCUCGUCGCCCGCAUCCAGAACACGACCUUCGGCGUCCUCGGCCUCGGCCGCAUCGGCACCGCCGCUGCACUCCGCGCCAAAGCGUUCGGCUGGAAUGUGCUCUUCUACGAUCCCUACAAGCCCAACGGCACCGACAAGUCCUUGGGGUUGGAGCGGACGAAGGACAUCAAGGAGCUGUUCCGGCGGUCGACUGUGUUGAGUAUCCACUGCCCGUGUACGAGGGAGACCAGGGGCUUGGUGGGCUGGGACUUGUUGAAGUUGAUGCCCAAGGGAUCCAUAUUGGUGAAUACGGCUAGGGGAGAGUGUGCGGAUUUGGAUGGCGUGGAGAGGGCGCUGAAGGAGGAUAUAUUGAGUGGUGCGGGGCUGGAUGUAUUGCCUCAAGAGCCGAUUCCGGAGCCGGCGCAUAGUCUGAUACAGGCGUAUAGGAGGAAGGAGGAGUGGUUGAGUGGUCGAAUGGUGAUCACCUGCCACACCGCAUUCUACAGCCCGGGCAGCUUCAUCGACAUCCGGGUCAAGUCAGCACAGACGAUGAAGGAUGUAUUGAUUGAUGGGCUGGACAGCAACAUCAUUCUGCCCACCAUGGAAUAG